ACGCCACUCAGGGGUUUCCGAGGCUCCCGGCAGGGGCUUUGACGUCAGCGCUGCCACGGCAACUGCCGACGACUCAACGUCAAAGGAGGAAACUAGUCAAGCCAGUCAAGUAUCGUUGCCUGGUCAAACAUGACAUUGGACAGGACCAACCCUAACCGGCACGCCAACACCAAACUGCAGCGUUUCACUCAGUCACUGUGAGCUGAUGUUGACAUCGGGAGACAUGUAGACGGACGCCGUCGCCUUGGUCCUUCACCAUGUCCAUCAGCGUGAACGUAAGGAAGGUCUCCAACCUGCCGGGAGGAUCCCAGCGGAGAGUGGAGCUUUCCUUUAGAGGAUUCACCCAGAGAACCAGAGUGGUGCAGAGUGAUGGUGUGGCCUUUUUCAAUGAGUCUUUCCGUUGGCCUCACUAUGGUAAAGUCAUCCGACAUGAAGUGCUGACCAUCAGAGUUUACAACUUCAGUAAAGUCUUCUCCAACAGACUGCUGGGAAAGCUGGUUGUGGGUCUCCAGCACAUCAUCACAUCAGGGAGGCUGUUGCUACGGGAACCACUCACCGAUGCCAACCAUCUCCUGACUGAUAUCUACGUGGAGUUGGACGUGCGCUACAAUCCAGUUGAGGGCGCCGCAGGAGGAUGGGAGGGACAGGACUUCAUCAGAGUGGAGGACAAAGAUGACUCAUCGCUGGGCUUCCAGAAUGAAGCCUUUGAAAAUGACGAGAGGUGA